AUGACAUUUUGUCAGCACUAUUUCCAAAGUGGCAAAAGCUAUGCCAGUUCUUCAGGUUUAAGAGGAAAAUCUCUGCUCACAAUUGAGUGGACCAAUCAACAUGGUUGUGGUGAUCGGGAUUUAAAUUGCAAUUUUGUUCUUCAAUAUCGGUGUCAGGAUGACACGAAACAUCAAAAGUUAAAUCACCACACAAUGAGGAAUGGUAAGAACAAUUCAAAUAUUGGGGGCAACUGGAGAUAUAUUCUUGCAUCGGAAUUGCAAUCAUCUAAUUAAUCAAAAGUGCAGAGCUAGAUUUAUUAUAUUUAGUUAAAACAAUCAUUAUAGUGACUAUGGUAUGCUAUAAUCAAAUAACCGUUGAUUCAGAAAAUUAUCUAUCGAUCAAUGCCCAAGCGCAGUUAGGAGAUCAAGCAACGUCUGUAACAGGCUUGUUUCACUCACAAUCUUCUCAUCAGUUUUUCUUGUCAAGAAGACACGAAACAUCGAAGUGGAAUCGCCACACAAUGAGGAACGGUAAGAGAAAUGUGUUACUAACCACGGAAAGAAGGGGAUCAAAUUUAAUGGGCAAUCGAAGAUAUUCUUGCAUCGGAAUUGUAAUUCUCUAAAUGAAUCAAAAGUAAAGAAUUAUUACAUUUGGCUAAAACUUUUAUUAAUGACAAAGGUUUUAUUGCUGUAAUAAAAUAACCUCGUUGCUUCUGAAAAUUAUCUGUCAAUGUUCAAGCGCAGGUAGGAGAUCAAUCCUCCGACAAAUUUCUCAUCAUCUUUUUCUUUCUUAAAUUACUCACCAGAGGGGAAAAACAUAAGAAGGCAAAAACUAAGCUAAGUUUGGAGAAACUAAAAAUCCUAUCAGCAAUAAGCCAGUGGACAGCCGCAUCAGUUUCGGUUUUUCCUUAGUCAGUCAAUAUUAAAGGUUGACCAAAUAAUGACUGGAUGCUUUCAUAAAAUACUAAUAUUAAUACAUAAGUUAUAUUGAGAAAAUUACGUCGUACCUCAAUGCAUGGGAAAAUAGAAAUUGAAAUUCAUAUUGAUUCUUUCAUGUUCAAAUUUGUCACAAAGCAAGAUUAAUUAAUUACGAUUACGUACGAAGAGAUUUUAACAUUAUGCAUUGCUAUAGGACGUCAAACCACCACUCCACAAUACGUCAAAUAUACGUACACUCGGCGCUCGACGAAGAACGGAAGACUGAAUGCUGAUUCAAUUAGAUUUUACCGAGGUCUUCAUGAACCCUGGGAAUGGAUUGAUAAAUGCUACAAAAGAUUUCGUAAUAAAGGUGAGUUCUAUAGGUUUGAUAACAAACAGCCUAAAAUAGCUCACUGUCAG